ACGUGUUGCGUUAUGUGGUUUUGCCUAGCACUGCUAAGUUCUUUUUUACAUUUCCGUCCCAUUUUUUAACUAAAUUUAUUUCUAAUUUUGAUAUAUUUUUCUUGUAUAGUGUAGCUAGUAGCUAAAUGGAACAGCCGAAGUCUUUGAAGCAUUAUUGCUAUCUCGUCUUAGCUGAAAACUCUAUGGUUGCUGAAACUUCUAAAGAAAUAUCAACAUGCAAACCUUUGUUGCAUGAAUACUCAAGAUACCUCUCACCAUAUGGAGUAUCUCUGCUUGAAAAUAUAACAGGUGUAGCAGUACUAGACCAUAUUUGGUUGUCACAGUGGUCAUUUGUUCAGUCAUACUCUUUCAAGGCACGAGCACGUCAAAAAGUUCAAAUUUCAUCAAAUCGGGAACCUAACAUUACUCAUAAAGAAUUCUUUUAUGAUGCUUUAAUGAGUGAUGUGAUAGAAGAGUUGCACAAGUUGGUUCCAGUCGAAAAAUGCCAUAAGCAGGCUCUUCAUCACAUCUUACAAUAUCCUGAUCAAAACUGUAAACGUUCAGACAAAUAUUUCGAAUGCAUUAAUACUACUACUGACUUUAUAACAUGGUUGUCAAAAUUUGUAAAGAGUUUAACUGUCACUACUCUAAGUGCAUCAAAAAUUGUCAGUCAUCUUGAUGUGUUUUUGCCAUUACUAAAGGACGUUAAAAAGUUAACCAUUAAUCUAAUGAUUGGUCCAUUUGGUGAUAUAGAGUGCAUAAGCGAGCUGCUGUUAAUUCUUCGGAAAAAUAAACUGACUUCAGUCAAACUUUCAUGCAAUGAAAACUUAUUGCUGUUGGACACUGCGAAACUGUUUACCGUAGCAAAAUCUAUAUUUAACCCAAUCAAUAAGUCAGUAAUUGACUUUUCUGUAGGGACGAAUGAAAUUAGAACUGAACUGGAUUCUGAUAUAAAUUCUGGUAUUGAUUUAUAUGAAUGUGCAUUUGAACCAAUAAAAUCUAUAACAAAAACUUUACCAUGCAUUGAGAUGGUGGAAACAAAUGUUGAUAGACUUGAAUUAUUUUGCUCAAGACAUGGAUCUAGUGUGCUGCCACUUUUUUGUAAUGCUUUUAUGCAAUGGAAGACAUUAAACACGCUCGUUAUUCGUGAUAUUCAACUUGUGUCAAACCUAGACACCUCCUUGGUGACACUUCUUGGAUAUGGUAACUUGCAAAAUUUAGCCAUUGAAGACACUGAUUGCCGUGGAUUUGAACAUGCUUUAAAGUACUCUGCUGCACCUGUUUGUACCACUCAUAGUAAGCAACAUAAAAUCAGAAAACUGUCUUUGUACGAAUCAGUAUACAAUCCUGAUUUACUACGAAAUUUAGUUAUAUAUUCAACAUGUUUAAAAAGACAGUUUGAGAGUGAAAGAUGUAGUCAACAGUGUAUUUUUCAAGGGUUGAAAUCAUUGACAGUAACGAUGGUCGACGAAGGUUAUGAAAUCAGUGAUUAUCUAAAGGAGAAUAAGCUGCUUGAAGAAUUGUUUAUAGACAAAGCAUAUCAUUUUUCUAACGAUAAAGAAUUACUUGAAGCCGUGGCAGAUCAUCCUCGUUUAACGACAUUCAGUUUAUCAUCAGAAUAUAAACGUUGUGGCGAGGAGUUGGACGAUUCGUUGACAAGAUUGCUACAAAAAUCAAAUAUGCAACAACUUAAGUUUGACCAAUGUUUCUCCUUCAAAAGACUUCCUGUUGACAUUGAUGCAAAGUACACGUCCUAUCUACAUACUUUAAUAUGGACGAAGAAUGGGUUAGACAACAAUGGAUUAACAGAAUUUUCGACACUGAUUUAUAACCACCUAAAUUUUCCACACUUGAAAUACCUCGAUUUAAGUGACAACAAAUUUACUGAUAGAGCCAUUCCAAAUUUCGCAAGGUGCCUUUCCAUAAGUAAACGAUUUUUAACGAAGUUAUCCCUGUACAGCAGCUACCUGUCAUAUCAAGCCAUCCUUGAUAGCGGUUUUUAUCAAGUCUUUCAACAGCACGUUUGUAUUAUGGUUGGUUGUUAUUCAAAUAAUAGAUCGACUACAUCGGAUUACAUUAGUGAAAUGUAAAACUUUCCUUAGGUGAAAAGAUAAUUAAUAGUGAUAAAUAAAAGCGAAAAAUA